AUGGCUUCCCCAUCUACAAGCGGGAAGGGGCUCCCGCCCGCCCCAAUUCGUGCCGCGGCGGAAGAGCCGGGGCCCUCCCGGGGGUCGGGUGGGGGUAGCCCCGGCCGGGUGGCGGGCAGGCUGUGCCCGGGGCGCGGUGCGGCGGGGCGCGCGCAGGGCCGGCAGCGCUCACCGGCCGCCGCCGCCGCAGGCCAGGCGCGGGGGGCGGGGCCAGCGCCGCGCCAGCCAACGGCCGCAGCCGCACGGCGCGUCCGCCGCCGUGACGCCGGCAAACCCCACCCCCAGCCCCGAGCAGUUGGCGCCAAAGUAAGGCGCGCGGGGCGACCGCGCCCCGCCCCCUCCGCUGUGGCCCCGCCCCCUCGCCCCUUCCCGACCGCGGGCCCCAUCCCGGCCCAGCCCCGAGCGCGGGAAAUCGCGCGCCGCUCCCGGCGGGACGAGCCGGGAGCCUCCCGCCUGCUCCGGCCCGGAGCUGACGGCAAUCACUGGUCACGUCGGCCUGGGCCGCGGCCGCCGGAGGUUGCCCGGGGCUGUGCCGCACGACACACGCGCGCUUACCUGUUGUCUUUCCGCGCUGCUGCGGCGGCGCUCCCGGGAAGCCCAAGGUUUAAUCCCGGCGGCUGCUGCUGUCGGCGAUCCCGCUGCCAAACCCCUGCAGGGACAUCGUUACCGCCCGACAGCCGCGCUCGGCCUCCGCGAGCGGCUGCCGCCGGGGGCGUAACGCUCCUGCCGCCCGAGCCGGGGCCACCCGCUGCCGCGUCCGUCAGCGCCCGCCCUCGGCCGCCACCCUGA